AUGUUUCGCCAAGCGCUCUCCGUUAGCAAGCGCACAUAUAUGCUUGCUUUUAACAGCAAGGCGAAGGCGCGCCCGAACUUUGGUCUGCGUGGCGUCGGCUACUGGACUAGCGAGGUGUACCACAAGCCCGGCCAGAAUUACUGGAUGGUCCUGUGCUGCACAGGCCCGUUUCUCCUCGUGGGCGCAAUCAUGAUGGACGGCUUCUGGUCAAAGCUGGAUGAUAUUUCCGGUGGCGGCCCCAGCGCUCUGGACUACGGGUGGCGUUCCCAGGACCGAAAGCCGUGGGACUUCUCCUUCGAUAUCGGUGAGGGUUACGCUGCGGGUCCGGCCAUUCAUCGUCCGGCCCCUGGAGCGGUCGACCUCGGUCAUCAUUAG